AUGGGCAACCCACGUAACGGCAAGCGCUAUCCUACGCGCUCCCUUGCCGCCGAUAUUGAUGACGACGACGACGAUCUGACCUACAGCCCUUCCGACAACGACACGCAGGAAAGCCCAUCCAAAUACCUGCUGGCUUUCGCAGGCCGCACAGCCGAACAGCUUACAUCUGGCAGUCGCUUGUCCUUCAAGACUGCCGACAAGACGCUCAUGUUUCGCAGAGCCAUCACUGAAAGCUUCACCUCUGCUAGCCUCCCGGAUGUGGAUCAGCUGCUUCAACUGGCUUACGACGUCGGUGUCCCUCUCGCAGCAAAUGACCUUACCCACACCUGUUUGACCAAGAUUGUCUCAUGGAUCAAGUCCAAUGUCAACUCCAAGUUUACCAAGGGCCUCAUCAUCGAACAGGACAAAGGCCAUGGAAACAAGAAAGUCAAGGUCGCAUACGGCCUGCUCCAAGCCACACAAGAUCCCAACUUCUCCAUCGAGUGGCUCAAGAAUGACAAGAAGAUGAAGCGCAUGCAUGAGGCUGCCGGCGGUAAGUGGUUGGAUGUGAGCAAUCGGAAUGCUAUGGGCCCGACAGAGCUCGUCGCAUCGGCCAUGGAUCGUCUUGCUCGACAGGCACAGGCGGGAGCCAACAAGAAAGUCAAGCAGCACGCUGACAGUGCUCCUCUCUGGUCUCCGCCUCCACCGGCAGCCCGCUACGCUGCAUCUACGCCGCUCGCGAUGGAUUCUUCUGACGAGUCCCCGAGCGAGGAUUCGGAUUCAGAUUCAGACACCGACAGCGAAAAGUUGACCGUCUUCUCGCCCGCCUCUGCCUACACUACCCCACACACACCAUUCUCUACCGCUGUCGCCACCGCCGCCGCAUCUUCUGCUGCAUACGACAUCGUCAGCCCAACACCGGGUAGCAAGAAGGACAAGAAGGACAAGAAGCAGAACAAGAACAACGCCGCCACACCUGGCAAUCCUUGGCCAUACAUUUCGAGCAUCUCACCAUGUCUUGGAUACCUUGAAGGUAGUCCCAUGUCUGCCGCCACCACUCCAGUCAAGAAGACACUCAAGGCGCAGAAGGCGAACGUAACUGACCACCCGAACGCCCAUUUUGCACGAAUGCUGGAGCUUGAGCAAGCCAAGCAUCAGACCUCCAAGAAGAAGAAGAAGACCAAAUCUGCUGCUGCAUCUCCCGCAGACAUGGCUGCCAGCAACUACAUUUUGCAGACGAACCCAGAGUUUGCUGUUGCUGUUGCUCAAAAGUACACCUCAGAGCUUGAUGAUGAUGAUGAUGAUGAUGCUAAAAUGUCCAACAAAUACCAGGCUCAGGCUCAGGACCCGGCCAGCAUCAUCAAUUCUCCUUUCCUCUUGCAGCUUUUGGCUCAGCAGCAAGCUGCCAAGAACGAACAGCUUGCCGGUAGCCUCGCUCAACAGAACUCGAUCAAGAAGGAGAAGAAAGUCGAAGGUGGCGCGAUCGUUUUCGGUGGUGGUACGCAGAACAAUCCUCCCGUCAAUCCUCCGGAGUCUAGCGGUCCUGGCUGCAACACCUCUCAGCCCUCUCUUUCUUCCACUGCCUUGGACGAAGAAGUUACCCGUGUCCAUGCUUCUCUCCUUGCCGCUGGUCAAUCUUAUUCUAAGGACGAUGUUCGCGAUAUGGUUUUGGCUGCCACUGCUCGGAACAUUGUUAAGGAGGAGGAGGAGGAGGAGGGGGAGGAGGAGGAUGUUGACGAGGAAAUGAAGAUGUUGCAAGAUCAGAUGGCUCGGCUUCUAGCUAAGAAGAACGGCGGCAAGGAUAAGGGUAAGGGUAAGGACAUAGAAGGUUUAGUAAGCUGGCAGGAGGAGAAAAUCGUCGAUGAAAAAAAAAACUACUGA